CUGGCCUUUACUUCCAAGUCCACAACUUCACCAUGUUCACCUUUAACAAAUCCAAAAUCUUCAUUCUCAAAAUUUAUCACUCUAUACAAUCUCAAUUCACUUCACGCCCUCUCAUCUCCCUCUUCAUAUUCUCCAUAUUUCUCAUCAAAAUCUUCAUCUUAUGUACUCACUCCCCGUCCCCUCCAGCAAUAUCGCUCUCACCUCUCGUAAACAAAAAAUGCGAAAACGGAAUGAUCUAUGUAUACGAACUACCAACCAUGUUCAACAUAGAUUUAAUAACUAAAUGCGGUAAUCUAGAUUUAGAUCCUUGGCAUUGGCAGUGUGGCGUAGCCACAAAUAGUGGUUACGGAACACUAGCCAAUGAGCUGGUCGGGAUUAUACCGACCAGCUUAGUUAAAACAUGGCAUCGGACGAACCAGUUUUCGUCCGAAAUCAUUUUCUAUAACAAGAUCAUGAGACAUGAAUGCAGAACCAUGGAGCCGGAAUCAGCCACGGUGUACUACAUACCGUUUUACGCUGGACUCGCGGUUGGACAAUAUCUAUUUUCUGAAAGUAGUAACGAAGCACGUGAUUUUCAUGGCGUGAAGUUAAUAGAGUGGGUCCAGACACAACCGUACUGGCAAAAAUCCAACGGUUCUGAUCAUUUUUUAGUACUUGGUCGAAUCACAUGGGAUUUCCGUCGGUUAACUGAUCCGGAACAAAAAUGGGGGUCCAAGUUUUUAAAUAUGCAAGAAAUGCAAAAUGUUACACGCCUUACAAUUGAAAGAGCCCCAGCGGACUAUCAUGAUAUCGGUAUUCCUUACCCUACUGGAUUUCACCCGCGUUCGGUUGAAGAUAUUCGGACGUGGCAAAACUUCGUCCGAACCUACAACCGAACUAGUCUUUUUACGUUUGUAGGCGCGGCCCGUGAAGACGUUGGAGAUGAUAUUAGAGGACUAUUGUUGCGUACCUGCCAGAAUGAGUCAAUGUCUAGCAGGGGCGGAUCUAAAUAUGCGUCUGGUACUUGUCGAGUGGUUGACUGUGCGUUGACUCCUUGUGCCAACGGUAGCGUAGAGAUAAUGAAGUCGUUGCUAGGAUCUGAAUUCUGUUUGCAACCGAGAGGUGACAGCUACACAAGACGUUCGGUUUUUGAUUGUAUGAUUGCUGGUUCAGUGCCAGUUUUGUUCUGGACCAGGACAAUGUAUGACCAAUAUCAAUUGUACUUGCCAGAUGAUCCUGAAAGCUACUCGGUUUUUAUAGAUCAUAGUGACGUUUCAAACGGGAAGAAAUCUAUAAAGGAAGUUUUGGAGAGUUAUAGUACGGAAGAGGUUAGGAAGCUGAGAGAAAGAGUUAUUGAAAUCAUACCUAAGAUUGUGUAUAGCGAUAGUGAGGAUGACGAUGGGGAAAUGGAAGAUGCAUUUGAAAUCGCGAUUGAUGAGGUUUUGAGGAGGGUUAAAGAGGAGAAAGAGCAACAACUGCUAGAAUCAGACGAUAAUGUUGUUCACAGGAACUGAUCUUCAUUGCACUUUAAGCAUUUCAUACAAUAUAGAUUAAUUCUGUAUUAUUCAUGAUUAUUUUUUGGUAUUUAUUCAGUGUGUAACGAUACAUAUGCAUAUUCCAAAAUACUGCUACUAAAUAGUAUUCUCGGUCCAGAUAAUGAGGUUAGAAAGGCUCAAGUGUAGAAUUCUCUCAUAUUUGCUUUUAUUAAAGGUGAAGUGAAAGAUAUUGGGUAAA